CCUAUGGAUGACUACUGCAGCUUUGGUGUAUGACGUUGCAGUUGAGGCCCACUGCCCGGAUAGAGUCAUGAGGCAGUUCGGUCGACGCCAGUCUUUCCCUGUGUCUUCAGCGUUGGAUCGUGUUCAGCACCACGAUCAUAGUUUAUCAAGGGCUGGGCAUCCUUUCUCGACAAUGUGGGUCACUAGAUUACAACCAUGGGUGGCUGCGUGGGAUGAUGCAGACGAGCAGUUGGCUGAGGAUACCGGUCCACACACUGAGCCUUCGUUUCGGGCGUACCUGAUCUGGUACGAACUGAAGACUCGUUGCCAUUUGACGUAUGUUGACAUGCAUCCACAGCCGCAUGUUGCGACUUCGCAGGAUCGCUAUGCACGACACAGGGAUGAGGCAUUAGCUGGGGCGUUCGAGGCAUGCAGGCUGCUUGAAUUAGAUUGCUCACUGAAUGUAAUGAGGAUUCAUGGCGGGUCUACGAUGAGCGUGCCGGCACAACUCGAGGCCUGGACCACUCAACGUGAUAGAGCCCGAGGUAUGCUUCAGGCCUUUGGUACGCGGACGGAGUACGAUUAUUCCUACGGAUCGUCGCAUGCGUCGACGUCGGUUCCUUGUGGUCCCGCAUGGCAGCAACCUCCCUUUUACCACCGACAGACAGAAGGUAUGGUGUGA